GCAGAAUCGGAUCCGCUGCUGUUGGGUUCUUGCGUUGUCGAGACACCCAGUGGACCAUCACCACCCUUGCACCUGCGUUUCUCCAAUGUUGGCGCGAUAGAGGCGUUGAUCCACAACUUCUUGAUAGACCUGAUCGACAUCAAGAACGGCAAGUGUUAUGUUGGCGUGGAAGAAUGGGGACGCCCUUGCUCUGUGAGUGAAGGCGCUGUCAACAUCACUCUCAACGACGUGUCGAAACAGAAGGAAUUGCGAAAACUAAACAAGGGUUCGACGUUUACAAAAAUAUUCUUCGUACCGAGAUGUGAGUUUGAGAAGCCGGAGGAAGACAUGCCUAGUCAGGCCGAAUUGUCGCCAUCAACACUGGCAGCUGCGUGCAUUUUUACUCGUGGCACAAAUCUACGACAGUUGAAUGGGCUGCUCCCGACUAAGUGCUUUUCCGUUCUCGCUUCCACUGGCAGGGGUGCUGAGAUAUGUGAGAACUGCGAAUUCUACUGUGGAUAA